ACUCUUCACAUUUCAUUUCAUUCAGCAACAUCCAACUUGCCUCUCAUCUCAUUGUCCCUUGCUUUGUUAUAUUUCUUGCUCAAUUCUCUCCAUGGCUUCCGUUCAGGCUGAUGAUGCAAAAGUCUCAGAGGUGACAAACCAAACAGAAGAAACAAAAAAGGAGUGUUGCGGUGGUUGUGACAAAAAGUUGCCCACCACAGAGGCAGUUAGUACACCAACUGAAUCCGAGAAAGUUGAACCUAAAGAAGCAGUUUUGACCGAUGACGAAGAUUAUAAACUAGCUGAAGAAGAACAUGAAGAGGAUAAUAAAGCAGCAAUGUUUCCAACUGAUGAUGAAGAUUUAAAAUUUACAGAUGACAUUGAACAUGAAGGUCACGUCGAAGAAGAUGAUGAGAUUGACGAUUAAAAAAACAAAAUACCAAAAAGAUGUUUGAUUGAUGUGUAGGGUGUGUGUCUGUGUGUGUGUGAUGGUAGUCUUGAAGUUUUAGGUGCGUGCAAGUGGAAAUAAAGGUUCGUUAGAAUCUCUGUAUUUGCUACAUGGUGUUGCAUGCUUAAGCAUUUAUAUCGUACUACUGGUUAAGUUAAUUACUUGGUCUUCUAAAAAAAGUGGUUUGUAUUCAAUGUUGUGAAGGUCCUGAGAGACAAAUCUGUGUAUUUUUUUCUUCUGCAAUGUGUGGAAAGGUGUGCUUUUAAGGGUA